ACAUCCUAUUUUUUUACACCAAAAGGAUGUCCUAAUGUGCGCUAAUGAAAGACCAUGUGGCAUCUCUUUGUCCUCCACAGACUAGUAAUUACAGCAGAGCAAAUCACCAAGCUCGCUCCUCCAAAAGAGGCAGUAUCUCGUACCUGACCCCGCUGCCGCUCCGACAGUCAGACACCGGAGCCAAGACGUCGCUCGAGCAAGCCCCGGCUCGGCUGUGAGCGCGCCUCGUCCGUUUCAGACGUCUGUCGGGUCGCACGCGGUGCUGGCGCUGCUGGCAGAGACCGGGGAGAGGGCGGAAAAUAUCUGGCCUCGCAGAAGCGCCUGCGUCUUCUGACUUCCGCCAUGAGACUUUGGCUUUUACUCGCCGUGUUGUUUUUCUGCUGCCUGAGCGUCGGUCUCGCCAAGGAUCCGAAGGCGAAUGGUCCGGCGGCCCGAGGGGGACGGAGGAGGGGGAAGAAGACGGCACAUCAAGGCAACGUGCCAGCGAACGGCGGAUAUAACGGAGCGCCGCUUCACAUCGAGUCUUAUAAGAGUGUGCAGGAGCCAAAACCUGACUACAAUGUUAUUCCAGGGAACACAGGACAGUGUGUAUUCCAGGGCAUCACCAUGUUCGAUAAAACCGUCUGGUCUCCGAAACCCUGCGUCACCUGCCUGUGCACCGGCGGGAACGUGGUGUGUGAUGAGAUGCUGUGCCCUGUUCUGCAAUGCCAACUCAAAUUCAAACCUAUCGGCGAGUGCUGCCCAAUUUGCAUCGACCCAACUCACGACGUCCCUGAAAGCUCGGGAGAUUCUCCCGUCCCUGACGACCCGAGCAUCCCCAACCCGGCAACCUCGCCCUCCCACGAGGAGACCCUGAGGCGACAGAGAUACCGGGAGGAGGAGGAACAGCUCCUCCGAAAAGACGCCGAGCGCAAGAGGAGGAAGAAGCAAAAAGAGGCGGAGAAGCGCAGGAAACAGCUGGAGACGCAGGAACGAGAACGUGAGGAGGAACUGAGGAGGAGGCAGCAGCAGGAGGAGGAGAAGGAGAGGAAGAGAGUGGAGGAGCAGGGCCGGGCCGAGGAGGACAGGAUCAGGAGGAUGGAGACGGAGCAGAGGGAGAUGCUGAGGGCGCUCGAAGCUUCGGAGCUGAGAGGACAGGACGAUGGAGAGGAAGAGGAGGUGGGAGAGGAGACCGUGUGGUUGAGAGGGGAUGUUUUCGAAAUGCCACCACAGCUGCCCCACCCGUCGCCGACUGACCCGUCCGAGCCCGGUCACACCGCAGAGGGGGCGGACGAGGAGGAGUCGGUCAGGAUUAGUUACUCACUUCCUCCGGGCUGCACCAUUUCUGACGUCAGUAUUUCCUGUGAAAACGCCAAACUCACCAGCAUUCCACCCCUGUCCAUCCCUGAACUCAAGAGUCUCAGUCUGCAGGGUAACGUCAUCACAUUAAUUCCAGCUGAAGCUUUUAACGGAGUCCCCAAUUUGGAAUGGAUAGAUUUCGGGAAAAACAGGAUCGCGUCGUCUGGGAUCGAUCCACAAGCUUUUAAAAAACUGAAAUUCCUGACCCGGUUAUACAUGGAUGGAAAUUUACUUGAACACGUUCCACCAGGACUCCCACCUUCACUACAGGAACUGAAGAUCAACGAGAACAACCUGCAGGAGAUCGAAGACGGCAGCUUCGAAGGUCUGAGCAAUCUGGUCAUUUUGGAGCUGGAGGGGAAUUUACUGAGUGAAGGAAACGUUCAUCCCAGAGCGUUUGCACCACUGACGCAGCUCACGUACCUACGUAUGGGCAGGAAUCACUUCCGCACCAUCCCGCUGGGCCUACCAGCAUCUCUGCAGGAGCUGCACCUCGAGAGUAAUUUAAUUGAUGAAAUACCCGAGGGAGCUUUCAACCAAAGCAGAAACCUGAACGUUAUCGUGCUGCGACAUAAUAAAAUAGAUGAAUUACGGAUGGCACCCUUGGCGUGGAUCAAUCACGGCAAACUGGAGUCGAUAGAUCUGUCACACAACAACCUGCAUCUGGUGCCGUCGUUCCUGCCCAGGUCGCUGGUCCACCUGGUGCUGGUGGGCAAUCAGAUCGAGCGCGUCCCGGGGUUCGUGUUCGCUCACAUGGCGCCCGGACUGGAGUAUCUCUACCUCUCCUUCAACAAGCUGGACGGGGACGGGGUGGAACCAGAGUCCUUCUUCGGCACCUUUGACACCAUGACGGAGCUGUGUUUGGAUCAUAACCAGCUCACCAGCAUCCCCGUCGGGGUUAAUGAGAUGACGUCGCUGCAUUUCCUCAGACUGAACAACAACAAUAUAAGGCACAUCGGAGAGGACAGCCUCUGUGACCCGGCGAACGACGAGGAUUCCCACAUCGUAGCUCUGCGCCUGGAGAACAAUCUGCUCGACCCGCGGAAAAUCGCUCCGACCGCUUUCUCCUGCGUCAGAUCUUACUCCAGUGUAGUUCUGAAGCCUCAGAGAUUCAAAUGAUAUCGUACUGAAACUUUAUAAAGUAUGUCGUAUAUAUAUAUACACACAAGUAUAAAUACUGGUGGAACCCGUUUCUAGGUUAGAAAGGGUCAAAUCUUUUAGCUCUCUCCGUCCGGAUCAGGGAGUUUUAUUUUGUGGUCUUAAGAAAAAUGGACAUUAUGUAUUAGAGAUGAGAAAUGAGGCAUGGAUCUCCACUGCUUUAUGGAUCAUGUCAGCAGAUUUAUGUGCUUGUGGGCACUUACGUAGAUUAUAGGAGUCCUGAACGCAAAUAUUUGUUUUUCCACUCGUUCAGUCUGGAAAAGAGCAGAUCUGAAUAUCUGAGUGUAUCUGAGUGUGUGUGUGUGUGUGGAGGUUUGAUUCUGUUCACUUCAGUUUUUCCUUUAAAAUAAUAAAAAAUGUAUAUAAUAAAAAAA